AGCUCGCACCGGCAAUUGGCACGGGUAGGCACAGUCUUCCGCAUCCUGGAUUUUACAGGAUGGCUCUCCUACCAUCAUUAACAUGCAUCGUUGUGGCUGCGCGUCUGGACCUUCUCUCCGCCUUUCGUCCCCCUCCCCUCCCACCAGCGCUUUCAACUCAUCCAUCGAGGAGGCCGACAACGUCGCUUGACGUGUUCAAGGGCUUCGGCGCUGCACCACCUGCGACGAGCAAGAAGAAGGAAGAUCCGACGGCGGAGCACCUGGAUGACGACUGCCCUUGUUUUGAAGGCAAGCUCUACAAGGACUGUUGCCGACCUCUCCACAAGGGCGUGGCGCAGCCUGCCGAUGCGGAGCAGCUUCUGAGGGCACGGUGAGUGAGGGCGGCAGACGCUGAUCUGAUCUGUGGUGUGUUCUUCUUGAUUGUGGGUGCUCUCUGUGUGAUUCCUUCUCUUCGUGUGUGUCCGUGAUGCUCUUUGCAGGUUCUGUGCUCACGCCUUCAAGGUCCCGCGGUAUAUCCUGACAACCACGUCCAUCGACAGCGACACCUACAAGGAGAACCAGGAGAAGUGGGAGAGGAAGACCAAAGAGAUCCUCGACAAAGCCGAGUUUGAGAAUCUGCAGAUCAAAAACAUCACCGACAUUGACGGCGACCACACGUCCAUCGAGUUCACCUACGACGUGUCGGGGCCCAACCGGAAGACCGAGACCAAGAAGGAGAAGAGCUACUUUGUCAAGAGCGAGGGCGGCCGGUGGAUGUUUCUGAGGUCGGACAAACCCAAGGACCUCACCGCGGACAGUCGGAUGAAGAAGCGUAAGGUUGCGUCAGGCGGACUGGUGUGAGUGAG